AUGAACCUCGACCAUUUCUAUCUAUGGAAAAAAUCCGAUACGGGCUCGGGAAUUACUUAUCUGGAUCGAAAAGGCUAUACCAAAAAGAUUUCCAUUCUUUUAAAAGGUGAAGAUGAUAACGUAAAUGUUUAUACUAUUAAUAACUUCUUAGCAUCUUAUGGUAUUAGCUCCUCACUUUUAAGGAAAAUAGGCUCUGGGCAUGCUAUUUUAAUUCAUGAGGGUAAGAAUGCUGCCCAAACCGAAAAUCCAGAUGGGCAUAAUAUUAUUCAAGAGGAUUUUUCAUAA